UUUUGUACGUUUUUCGAGACACCCUGUAAAAUUGCCUGUAUGACUCGAACACAAAUUGACACGCCCCGCUGUGGGAUCAUUACCAAAUUGGUGGUCAGCAUCGACAGCGGCGAAACCUUCAUUACUUAUGCAGACGACACAACCCGUGCCUUCUGCCCGAAUCCAUCCUGGUUAAACUUUCAAAACAGGAUGAUGGAACUCGGUCCCAUAAGCAAACCGAUUUCCCAUGACCAACCAAACGAGGUGGCCGCCUUUCUGGAGCGGCAUUUUGGUAAAAACUCCCAACUUAGAGGUUCGAUGGGAUCUUCCCAGAGCUUGGCGAAGAUAAAUUUGGAUGUGAGGAAUAGUGAACUCAAUUUCCAGGAAAGAGAGCCAGUUUCUUGGCACACCUGGCUGGUGGAGAAGGUCAAUUUUCCGCCAACUCAGUGUGCAACGGUCAAGGAAUGGAAAGAUCCCUUGGUGGGAACCCGAGGGAGUUGCCACUGUUCUUGGCAUUUGAAGAACUGCUCAGCCUGGAAGCUUAUAAUAAGCAAUAAAUUGCCAGAUGCCAAGUGCUACUGCCUGCGCAUCAAGAAAUUAAUGGACAUGGCCAACAAUCUCGUUGACCCGGAAUGGGAAAAGGACGAUUUAUUGCAGGAUUGUAAUACCCUCUUUCCCCUGCUGACCGAGAAGGUGUUAAGUGCCACUGAUCUGCUCAAGGAGCUGAACGAUCUUCUCGAGCUCCAGAAGAAACGCAACCGACAGUACAAACGGCUGAGAAAAUCAUUGGAAAAUCAAACAACUGUCGAUGGAGUGCUGACCCCUUGAUGUCUGCAUAGAUUGUAUUUAUUUUGUUAAAACAUUUCUGUCAUAUUUCCAUAGUAUUAGACAUAUAUCCAUUUAGAUGUUAGGUA